AUCCAGUAGAGAGUUCAUUCUGCCAUGCUUCGGGUCAAUCUCCCUCGCACGCAACGAAUUCACGAGCCACAAGGUAGCAUGCAUCGAUGCGUGGCGCCAAGCGACCAAGUGCCGCGCUGUAUCCUCGUCAGCACCUGUCGGCGAGGCGUCGAUGGCAUCACAGCGAUGAGCAUUGACGACAGAUUUUCUCGGAAGAAUGACCUGAAGCCUACGAUGAACGGAGGCGGAGCUACGGGAUGGACGGAUGCUAAGGUGAACUUCUUGCUAGCAGCUCCAGAGAGCACUGCUCUAUGACGCAGCCUUGCAUAUCCUUCUGAAUGCGUCUCGGAUGCGAGCUACGUCGUACCAUUCUCGUUGUGCCGGUGUCUAGUCGCUACUCCCUCUCGCUUUCGUCCGACUUACUUCUCCGUCUGUUGCCUGCCGUCGAGCCUGAGAUGAGGGUCCCCCGUGUCGCUGCCGUAUUUUCAGCCGUUUUUCUCAUUCUUCAAAGUGCGGAAGCCAGGCUCCAACCGCCAUGGACGCUGAGCCUGGAGCAUGCGGCAUCAGAGCGUCUGGGGGGGGGCGACAUCACAUCUUAUGCCUUGGACGUCCUCCGGGAAGCAGCUGACGCGUCCGUGGAGAGGCUUGUCAUUCGCCAGUGCGGACUGCUGCUGCCUCGCGUAUCCAUAGGCUCCCCCUCUCUGCUGUUCAUCCAGCAAGGGUCGGGUGUGGUGGAGCUGAUAGAUGACAACGGCCAGACACCUGCUGACGUGUCACCAAUCACUGUGAACGGUGGGGAUGCGGCGGUGAUUCCCAAGGGGUGGACGUACAGCGUUGGGAAUUACCUUAACGAAUCUCCAGAGCUCAUCAUCACAGCCGUCAGAUUCAGCCACCACAAGCAGAAAUCGUACCUCGCAGGCAGCAGGCCCCACUCGGUGCUGGCUGGCUUCAGCCUGCACAUUCUGGAGACGGCGUUCAACCAGCAGCACGACGUGGUCAGGGCCCUCCUGCGCCAGGCCACUGGGGGAGGGAUCAUUGUGUCCCACUGCGUUCCACCCUCGCCUCCCACGCCUGCUGCAGAGGAGAAUUCACCAGGGGAGAGUGCGGCAGGGGAGGGUGCGGCAGGGGGGGAAGCGGCGGGGGAUUGGGAGGAAAUAGGAACGGGUAGGGGGGUUGCUGGGAUGAGGAUGGGUUUGGCUGAGGGCGAAGUGGAGGUCGGGGAAGAGAGCAAGAAGGGUAAGGGAGGGAAGAAGGAGAUGAAGGGAAGAAGGAGAAGGGGAAGAAGGAGAAGGGGAAGAAGGAGAAGGGGAAGAAGGAGAAGGGGAAGAAGGAGAAGGGAAGAAGGAGAAGGGGAAGAAGGAGAAGGGAAAGAAGGAGAAGAAGAAAAACGGUUCAUCUGGUGGACCAUGUGGCAGCCAGGCAGCCAGCAAUCGCCACGGCGGGGGGCAGCAUGGUCCGUGUGUCGUACCGAGACUUCAAGGCGCUCAGGCGGGCAGCAUU